GAGAAAUGAUGAAAACUAAGAGUUCUUCAAAGAGUGAUGAAAUAAAAGAUGUUACAAGAAAUGGAAGACAGUCAUUGAAGAUGUCUUUAAUUGAAGUUGAGAACACAAUAAAAACAAAUGGUGAUCAUAGAACUGCAACACAAGACAAACAGGAACAAGGAGAUAGCAGUAAAUCAUGGAGUUCUCCUGAAUCAAACAAGAGGAGAUCUAUUAGCAAUCGACGAUCUAUAAGUAUUGAAUCAGAAUCACAGAAGCGACGAUCUAUAAGUAUUGAAUCAGAAUCACAGAAACGACAAUCUAUAAGUAUCGAAUCCUCUUGUUCUCAGGAAUCAGUUAUUAAGAAAGAGGAAUUAUUAAAGAAAGCUGUAAUUGUUAACAUGGACGAAAAAAAAUCUCAUCUAAAGGAGAGAAUUAGUGAAGAGGAGAUGAAGAAGACUUUAAGUGAACAAGACCACAUCGCAACCACAAGUACUAAAUACAUGAAACAACAUUCACUAGACUCUUCAUAUUCCCAACAAGGAGAGAGUGGACGGCAGACACAAAGAGCUAUGUCAGGACCUAAACCAUCUGAAGUGGAACUGUCAAAUCAGGAAUAUGACUUGAUGAAGAAACUAUUAUUACAACAAGAUAGUCAAAUACGUGAACAGUAUCAAAGCGAGGGAAAAAUGGAAUCUACACAGAAAAGACUUGAUUCUACAUCAGAAAUGAAAGAGUCAGAAUUAGAACAUGGAGAAAGGAAUACAUUUGAAGAUGAAACAGAAUAUUUAAAAUCAAUUGUCAAACGUCCUGACUUAAAACUCACAGAUGAGGUUGACAAUAAGUUAAGAAUUACAGAAAAGACUAAAUAUGUGAACUUACCUGAUGAUUCCAAUAUUGAUGAGGUACAGUAUUUCAUCUUUUAUUACAAAGUAUAUUAGGAUUUUACUAUAAUAUAAUAUAGUCUCAAAAACCCAAACUAUUUAUUACAAUGUAUACUAGGUCUUUACAAACCCAAACUUUACUAUAUGAAGUCUCAAACACCCAAACUAUUAUGUUACAAUGUAUUCAGUGCUCACUCUGGGUUUCAUUUUUUUCUGCCAAUUUUUCAUUUUAAUUUAUUAAGCAUAUGAUUUUUCCUCCCCAAAAAAUUUAAUAAUCAGUAAUUUUUAUUAUAUUUUUACAUUUUUACGAUAUAAAUAUAUACAAUAUACAUAAAAUGUUACAAUUAAUAAAAUUCUUCUCUGCUUUGCAGAUGCCCCAUUUUUGAAAGCUUUUUUAGUACACUGUAAAGGUAGCUGAGUUACAAGUGGAACAAACAUUGUUUUGGUAGCUGCAUCAUACCUUAACCUAGAAUUUGAAAAUCUCCUUUCAUCACUAAAAGAUCUACCUUUUUCAAAUACACUUAAAUUAUACGCUUGUCAUAUGGUGGUGGCAUACUAAAAUAAUCUGACAUUCUUCUAUUAUUAUUGGACGUUAAAGAAGGCUGUUCAAUUUUUUGCUUACGACACAUAGCAUAUGAUUUGAUAAUAACUGACUUUCGACGCAUAGCUUCAUUUAUUAACAGUACCGGCAACUAAAGUAAGAAAGUCAAACAAAAGGCAUAAUCCAAUAACACCAAAUAAAUUGAACGAGUAUUGUUCAUAUCCGCCAUUUUGAAUAUAUACAUAUACAUAUAUCAAAAAACCCCACCGAUUUGUAUUUGAAGACAAACGAUUAAAUCUUUUGUCUCUUAAUUACUUUAUUACUACUCUUACUGUAAAUACUUAUCCACACUAAUCCCAGAUUGAUUAAUAGACAAAAGAUAGCCCAGACAAACUGAAUAAAAAUAUUGCUUUGAAAUAAAAAAUGUAUGUUAUCUGUAAGAUUUACUAUAGUUUAUUUCAUUAAUAUAUUUCUUUCUUUCUUCUGAUAUUUUGUUGAUAUCU